AUGAAACAAUUAUUUAUAAUUUUAGUUUUUUUCUAUCUUAACAAUAUUUUUUUUGGUUUAUGUUACGAAGUAGACUGCACUGUUCUUAAACUGGGACAAUACAUUUGUCCCGAUCCAGCUUAUGACCAAAUAGAUCCACAAACACAACAAUAUUAUGGAUGUACUAAAGAAAAUAAAGCUAAGGUAAUCUGCAAAGCUGCUGAUGGUAUAACUUGUAUUGAGACGAAAAAUUCUAGUUUUAGGAAAGAAAUGUCAUGCAAAUGGACAAAUGGUUAUUCUUUUGAAACAGCAUUGUUGUUAUCAAUCUUUCUUGGAAUGUUUGGAAUUGAUCGUUUUUAUUUAGGAUAUCCUGGCCUUGGUUUGCUCAAACUCUGUACAAUGGGCUUUAUGUUCAUUGGUCAAUUAAUAGACAUUAUAUUAAUUGCCACACAAGUUCUCGGUCCUUCGGAUGGGUCAAAUUAUAUUAUUGAUUAUUAUGGUGCUGGAAUUGAAGUAAUUAAAAGUAAUAAUUAUACUUAUAAAUUGUCUCAAAGUGAUUGGUAA